AUGGGCUCCCACAACCCCAACCCCAUCACUGCUCGGUCAGACCCAGCUUUCACCACCCUCACCUCUAGUCCAGAUGUUCGAGCUCGUCCCUUCUCAACAGUUGAAAAGCUGCUCUAUCACUUCAAGACCGUCACAGCUCCCCUCGGAAAGGAACACCUUUCCAUCUACUCUGCUUUGAAGCUGUCAUUCCCUUCUUCAGUGGUCGAUCCAGUCCCCCACAUCCGCACAGCAUGGGCUGCGACAGUAAAACAUCAUCCACAGCUUGGAAGCGUGCUCAACUUGCACGAUCACACUGACAAGUCGGGCAAGACUCCCGCUAUAAUCAUCCCCACCUAUGAUGCUGAGGAAUGGCUGGCCAAGACUUUCACAGUUAAUCACAAAGCAACAAGCGCUACAGCUCUCUUUGAAUCAGCCAAAGAUGAAGAAUAUGCGACUUGCAUUUGGAUUCCCUCCUCUUCUCAAGUGCUCUUCCAAACGAGCCACUGGCGCAUGGACGGGGGUUCACUAAUGACCAUUGCGGUCAAUUUUCUUCAUGUUCUCUCACAAUCCCUCUCCAAAGGCGUCGACGCUGCUCUCGAUAGUUUCACUUCCCCAGUUGGCGAUGGUAGCAUAGCACCAAAUGUGGAUUGGAUCCUAGACACCUUUCCCGACGAGGCCAGCACCCCAGACUACCUCAAAAAAGCUGCUGAUACUAUGUACACUGACAUGUUGGCCGGUGCCCCCAGCGUCGCGCUUCCCCCACGAGAGGGAAGCGACGAAGCCAUCCCCAGAGACUCCACCAGAGUCACUAUCAAUUUUGGUAAAGAGACUACCAGUCAAUUACUGGCAGGGAGCAAAUCUAAAGGCAUUUCCAUAUCUCUCGCGACUCAUGCUGCCAUUAUUCGCUGUUCUGCAAGGUAUCCUCAACAUCCCCUAUGCAAGUCUUAUGGGAGAUUCGCCCCCGUUGACAUAAGGAAAGAUUUUCCUUCGCCAUACAAUACGCCUCAAUACUCUAUUGGCGAAUAUUGCGCUGCUUUCCCCGUCAUUGUCUUGGAUGUGGUAAAUGAGAACAAGACGUUUGAUCAAGUGUGUGAGGAGUUGCAAAAGUCGUACCAGCGUGCCAGAAACUCUGGAUUCAAGGAUGACGCGGGACAGCCCGUGGCCACUGCUGAUCUUGGUGCUCCUUUCAUCAGAAGGAUUCUUGACUUGGUCAAUACCGCUCCACCUCCCGAUAUGCCGACUGUUCAGGCUGUCGAUUUUGCCAGCAUGGGCUUGGUAGAGAAGGUGUUGGAUCGCAAGUAUCCUAUUUCAGGUGGAAAGAAUGAAGGAGAGGUGGUGGUGGAAGACUUUUGGUUGGGGACGCAGACGAUAGCUAAGGCUGUUCAGUGUCACGGUUGGACGUUUAGGGAUCAGUUUGUGUUGACAGCAAGCUGGAAUCAGAGUUACUACGACAAGGUUUUCAUAGAGAACUUCUUGAAUGAGGUGAAGACAGAGAUGAUUCGGGGCCUUGAGGCUUAG